UCGCCAUCGCCAGUCUUGUGCGGGAGGUCGAAGGAGUGGUUGUGUUGUGUGGCGUCCGCGCUAAUUUAUACAAUCAUUUUUAUUACAACUAAUAAGUCAACUCACGAACUCUGUGACACUGCAGUUACCGAGUUAAGAGACAUUCGAACAAAAUUUAACCGGUUGAAAACUUCAAUAGGAAGUAGGUUCCACGACAGUUAUAUAAAACUAUGUUCGGUUCUCUGCUGGAUUACUAACGAGUUGUUUUGAGUGAUUAAAGCGGAGUUUUUUUGUUUUAAAAAAGUGUUUUUGUGAAGUGAAACCGACAAAUAUCAGGAUGUCGACUCUGUUGUUCUGGCAGGGCAAGGGCAAGGCGAAUGGGACCAGUAAGAAUUGGCUGCAUACCCCUGACGCCCUUCUCAAGGGACACGUCGCCUAUCUUGUCAAGUUCCUCGGCUGCACACAAGUGGACCAGCCGAAGGGCAUCGAAGUGGUAAAGGACGCGAUCAAGAAGCUCCAGUUCACUCAGCAACUGAAGAAGUCCGAAACCAAAGAUGCGGCAAAAUGCAAGAAAGUGGAGAUCACUAUAUCCGUCGACGGCGUCGCUAUUCAGGAGCCAAGAUCAAGCAAUAUAAUGUACCAGUUCCCCCUGCACCGGAUAUCAUACUGCGCGGACGAUAAAGGCGCCAAGAAGUAUUUCUCCUUCAUUGCGAAAGGCGGCAGCACCGUCAACACGAACGGCCACAACGAGAACCUGGAGAAACACGAGUGUUUCGUCUUUAUUUCCACAAAAUUGGCGUCUGAGAUCACGAUGACGAUUGGGCAGGCGUUCGAUUUGGCCUACAGGCGGUUCCUGCGUGACAACGGAAAAUACCUAGAGAUUCAGAAGCUACAUUUACAAAAACAGAAAAUUGAGCUACAAAUGUAUGCGUACAAAACCCGUUUACAGGAGCUAUCAAAGAUAACGUACAAAGACGACCUAAACGCGUAUCUGUCGCGGCUGAACGUGAGCGACAUCACGGAGUACCGCUCGCCGCCCGAGCUCGACAAGGAGAUCACGACGUUCACGCUCGUCAACGGCCUGAGUUCGCUCAACAACAGCAUCGCGGAGUUCGAUGAGUUCCUGCACACUCCAGCAGAAGAAUUGUUUGGCCCCAACAACGGCAACAACCUGCUGCUGUCCACACCGCCGCCCGCGCACAAUGGGAACAACUUCAAGAGCGAGAAGACCACAAAUGAUUUUUCAACAAGCAAGAAUCCAGUGGUAGGCACCAAGCUGGAAGGUCUACUCCUCAACUCGGAUUCGGACAGUGAUUUCGAUCCUCGCGCUCAUGAAUCGGAGCCAGCCACUCGAUUCUCGGCAGCAGUAACCGAUAAUACAGUCACGCCCACACCGCCUCUAUUGGCGCCCCCGCCGAAAUCGUCGAGGCGCCAAUCGCCACACAACAGCCAGCCGCAACAAACACCAGCUCCACUCCUGAACGACGACGACCUAUUUGGCUCGAUCCCAUUCAUAGCCAACCAAAUGCAACCGCGAAACCAGAUUUUUUUCGCCCAAAACAAACCGAACUACGACAUCAACUACAGUGACUUCAACACGUCCGUAUUCAACAACACAUCUUUUACAAACGGAUUUAAUGAUCCAUUUGAUACACAGAAGAGUAUGAAUAAUUUAUUCUCGAACGGCUUCGGCCCCGCCAACGGUUAUGGAAACCUAAGUGACAAACAGACCGUUGAAUUGGGUAGCAGUUUUAAUGGAUUCCUAGACAAAACUAUUUCUGAGAUGAAGGAUGGAUUCAGCCGAGGGAUCACCUUUGGAAACGAUGAUUUUUCAAUAGACAACUUGGAUCCCCUCAAGAAACACUAAAAGCAUGAUAUUUUCGAAACGUAAUAAAAUAGGUAAUUUAGAUAAAUAUAAACCUUGCCUCGACUCAUGAAACGUUUAGUAAAAUAAAUGCAAUCAAAUAUUAAUUUGAAAUAAUUGUAAUUGAUUUUAUUUUUAAGGUUUUGUAGUGGUAAGACUUUUGUGACAAGAGGCGACGUUUUUUGUGAUUUUACAUAGUUAUGUGUUGCCAUGUUAUUGGUUACGAGUAUAGUAUUCAGCAAAGUCGUGAUAAUAGAUAAUAUUUUGUUUUUUCUAUUUAAAAAAAAAUAUAAUAUUUCUCUUAUUUCUUAUGAAUCUCAAUAAUAACCAGUAAUGUGACAAAACAUUACUACUUAUUUCUUUUUUAAUAUUAAAUGAAUUUGCAGUGAUAAUAUUUCCAAUAUUAUACACUAAAUAUGUAUACGCUCAAUGUCAUUCCAAAUGUGCCUUAAAUAUAAUAAAUCUAUAGAAUAUUAAAAUAAAAAAUAAAAAACAAUAUUUUGUAUAACUUUUUAUCAUUAUUACUAUUAUAAUCAAAAUUUACUUUGCAUGAUUUAUUACAUAGAUAAGACAUUGGACAAUUUUGACAUAAUUACUAAUCAAACAAAAUUGCCAUUUAAGAUUUGAAGUUUUCCUCAAAUUAUUCUGUGAUAAUUCUUUUCAUGUUGGGGGACUUCGAAUAAUUUUAUUAAAUCUAUUAACCGUAUUGAAUAUCGUCCAAAAUCGACUGAAUUUAAAAUUUUCAUCUUAUUAAUAAUUUACAAUAUGUAAAUAAUUGUAGUGUCAUUAUUAAGGUCAUUUAUUAUACCUUUUUAAGUAUACGGAUGACAUUGUAGCUUUUAAUGGUCAACACAUUCCAUGAACAUGUUUUAAAAUAAUAACUAUUUUGCUAUUGAUAAAUAUUUAAAUUGUAAAAAUUAAUCGUGUACGUACAUGCAACACAUCAACAAAAAAAUGUGAAGAUUUAUGUUGUGAAAACAAAACCGUAAUUCACUUUGAACUAUAUUUUUACAGUUUGAAUAUGUUUUAUUUUUAGUGGUGUAUUUCUCGUAAUAAACUGUUGUAUCGAAUGUCACAUUAGUGGAAUAUUGAUUUAGUAUUGUUUACACUAAUGUUACGGUAAGGCCAAAAGAUAUACAAUAAAUGUGUAUUUUCGAUAAUAAAAUGUAUGUUUAUAAA